AUGGACCACGAUAAGCAGGCCGUAGAUGCGGCGAUGAGGUGGUUUGAGGACAACCUCGAGGCUCUUGACGCGUUACCUCCCGACGCCAGCGCCGCCCCUCCUACCAAGAGCGUAACCAACAAGACCAAGAAGGCCGCUGCUGCCGAGCCGAAGAAGAAGACAGCUGCACCUCCAAAGAAGAAGGCGACAAAGGGCGCUGCACCACCAAAGAAGACAGCUCCCAAGGCCAAGACGACUGCUCCCAAGACCAAGACAACUGCACCCAAGGCAUCCACCUCUGCCAGCCCGCCUUCAGCGCGGUCCUCGAGGACAAAGCAGGCUGCCGCGAAGCCCUCACCGAAGCCCAAGGACGACCCCAACCUAGCCCCCAGGAUGCCUCCAGCUGUAUCGGUGUCGGCGCCUACAAGGGUCACCCAGAGCCGAGCCUCAAAGGAAGCUGCGACCCGCAAGUUUGUGGAACUGCUGUCCCUGUCCAGCUCCAGCUCGCUGUCGUCGUCCGGAAGCAGCAGCGACGAUUUGUUUGUCCGGGAAGAGAUGCUCGACACCAGUUCUGAGAGCAGCAUCAUCGUCUUCGAGGCAGAGGCCCCCACUGUCAUUGUCACCAGUCCCACUCCAAACAAAGGUGUUCCCGAUGUCGCCAACGACAACGACUCUGCAACUCCUGUCCCUGACGCAGUUGAGCCUAACACCCACCCAGUCAUUGACGGUCUCGACCAAUUGGUCCAGUCAUACUGGCUUGGGGAGUUGGUAGAGUUCGGCACCAGCUGGGGCCCUUUUGCGGCCGACGACAAUGCGUUCAGUUCCAUGCCCCUGAGUGGCGGAGACACCCAGACCGGCUCCUCGUCCCAGUCUGGCACAGCCAACAGCACCUCCGUUGAAGCUCUCACUCCGCGCCGUUUCCCGACCGGUGGCAGAACCCCCAGCGCGGCCUUCCCCUCGCCCGCCACCCCCCACAACGGCCAGGCCAGUACCUCUGCGUCUGACUCGGUGUCAGGCCCAAUCUCGACGCACACUCCCCAGCCUCAAGCCGGCGCCUUUGGGCUGUUCAACUGA